CCGACCCCCUGCCCGGAGCCCAUGGAGCGGCUGUAGGGUCGGUGCUUGAGCAGCUCCUCACUGCCAGGAUGAGCUUCCCAAAUUCCACCCAAACUCCAGGAGCUGGGAAUUCCUGCAGGAUCACCCUGGGCCAAGCCAAUCAGGUGGUUCCCAAGCUGCCCCUGCUGAGGAUCCUGCAGGCUGCGGGUGCCCAGGGCGACUCCUUCACGCUCAAAGAGGUGAUGCAUUUCCUGGGCCAGUACAUCAUGGCCCGGCAGCUCUACGACAAGAGGCAGCAGCACCUGGUGCACUGCGGGGGAGAUCAGCUGGGAGAGCUGCUGGGACUGCAGAGCUUCUCUGUCAAGGACCCCAGCCCCGUGUACGAGAUGCUGAAGAGGAACCUGAGCCCUGCAGCCCUCCCAGAUGCUGCACAGACUCUCCCAAAGGAGCAGAGCGUCGCUAAGCCCAGCCCAGACCAGCUGCAGCUCAGCCAGGAGGAAGGAUCUGACUCUGGGAUCCUGGAGGGUGACAGCAAAACCUCAGCUCCUGCUACCUCAGAGUCCAAAUGUGACACUUGUGAAGACAGUGAUUUGAUAGAAAACCUCUCCAAAAGCAAAAAGCCCAAGCUGGACCUGGUUUUUGAGGAAUGGGAUGUGGCUGGGCUGCCGUGGUGGUUUUUGGGGAAUCUCAGAAGCAAUUACAAAUCCAGGAGUAAUGGAUCCACGGAUAUUCAGACUAACCAGGACAUUGACACUGCCAUAGUUUCAGACACCACUGAUGACCUGUGGUUCCUCAACGAGUGUCCCCUGGACCAGAGCACUGCUGGGCUCAAGGUGGAAGUGCUGGACUGUGAGGAGGUCACAGAAGGUGACACCAAGGUGCCUGAGGAUGUGUGCUUGGAUGAGCUGGAGGAUUCCCAGUGCCUGAGUGAUGACACGGACACAGAGGCUGCUUCUGAGGAUUGCUGGCAAUGCUCCAAGUGCAGGAAAUUCAACUCUCCAGGCAAAAGGUACUGCUUCCGCUGCUGGGCCCUGCGCAAGGACUGGUACCGGGACUGCCCCAAACUGCCCCACUCCCUGUCCCUUUCCAACAUCAAUUCCAUGGAAAACCAGGAGCAGGAUGAAGGGAUUGACGUCCCAGACUGCAGGAGGACGAUCUCAGCCCCGGCUGGCCAACCCAAACAUCUUUUCCUGGGAGAAAACAGACCCCACGUGGAUCCCAGCAGCUCCAUCGAGUCCUUGGAUUUGGCGCGGGAGGGGAAAAAUCGGGAUUUUGCCAAGCUGAACAAAGAGGAGGAGAUGGAAUCUUUGGAGAGCAUCAAAACCCUGCUGAAUCCCUGCUUCCUGUGCCAGCACAGGCCUCGGGAUGGGAAUAUUGUCCACGGAAGGACUGCUCACCUGGUGGCCUGCUUCAGGUGUGCCAGGAUGCUGAAGAAGAAGAGAUCGCCGUGUCCCGUGUGCAGGAAGGAGAUCAAGAUGGUCAUCAGGAUCUUCAUGGGGUAGGGAGGCUUUCUGCCUCUAAAGUAAACCCAAAAUCUGGAUUUUUGCACUCGAACCUCUAUUACGGUGUGUGCAGGAAGGAGAUCAAGAUGGUCAUCAGGAUCUUCAUAAAAUAACCCCAAAAUUUGGAUUUUUGCACUCAAACCUCUAUUACAGUGUGUGCAGGAAGGAGAUCACGAUGGUCAUCAGGAUCUUCAUGGGGUAGGGAGGCUUUCUGCCUCUAAAGUAAACCCAAAAUCUGGAUUUUUGCACUCGAACCUCUAUUACAGUGUGUGCAGGAAGGAGAUCAAGAUGGUCAUCAGGAUCUUCAUAAAAUAACCCCAAAAUUUGGAUUUUUGCACUCAAACCUCUAUUACAGUGUGUGCAGGAAGGAGAUCAAGAUGGUCAUCAGGAUCUUCAUAAAAUAACCCCAAAAUUUGGAUUUUUGCACUCAAACUCCCAUUAUGGUGUGUGCAGGAAGGAGAUCAUGAUGGUCAUCAGGAUCUUCGUGGGGUGGCAGGAUCUUCUAACCCUAAAAUAAUCCCAAAAAGAGGAUUUCUGCACUCAAAUCCCAAUUUCAGUGUGUGCAGGAAGGAGAUCAGGAUGGCCCUUGGGAUCUUCCUGGCCUAGCAGGACCUUCAAGUAAAAUUACCCCAAAAAUAGGUUUUUUUGCACAAAAACCCCAAUUCCAGAGCUUGGUCUGGAGGAUCAAGAUGGUCAUCGGGAUCUUUAUGGGAUAGCAGGACCUUCUGCCCCUAAAAUAACCCCAAAAUAAAGAUGUUUGCACUCAAACCCCAAUUCCAGAGCUCAGCCAGUGAAACCAAAGAGUACCAAGAUUUAAACCCACCAAGAAUCCUCUACAGAAUCCACUUUUCCAUGGAAAUCACCUCGAGAUCAAAACCCAGCUUGGAAAUUUUCCCAAUUUCCCAUCUUCAGCCCGAUUUUAUCCCUUGGGAUUCUUUCUCCUGACCAAGAACAGCAGAUUUGGGAAAAAUUGAAACCUGUGGUUUUUUUCCAUAAAUCCUGACUUGUGCAAUUCCUUUGGAGCCGAGAGUUAAAAACAGAAAUAAAUAUUUAUGGUUGGAGGGCAGGGGAUUUGUUUUGGAGAGAAGAAAAAGAACUUUAUUCCUAGUUUUUUUAUUGUUUAAGGUCGGCAGGGUGAAGAAUUCCUUGCUCGCAGAUGGGAAAUAAAUCCAAGUUUUUAAUCCACACCUCUCAGGUCACAAAUGAGAUGGAAAAAUAAUAAUAGUGUUCUAUUUUUC